UGUCCCCCGGCGCGGUGCCGCUGGUUCCGGCGGCGGCGCGUGGGCGGAAGCGGGCGGGCGGCGGGAUGGCGGCCGAGGGGGACGUGGAGCUGGAGCUGGAGACGGAGCCCAACGGCGGCGGCAGCGGCGGCGAUGGGGCGGGCGGGCGCGCAGCCGAGAAGCCGCGGAAACACGACAGCGGCGCCGCGGACCUGGAGCGAGUCACGGACUACGCGGAGGAGAAGGAGAUCCAGAGCUCCAACCUGGAGACGGCCAUGUCGGUGAUCGGAGACCGGAGGUCCCGGGAACAGAAAGCCAAGCAGGAGAGGGAGAAGGAGCUCGCCAAGGUGACCAUCAAGAAGGAGGACCUGGAGCUGAUCAUGACAGAGAUGGAGAUCUCGCGGGCGGCUGCCGAGCGCAGUCUGCGGGAGCACAUGGGCAACGUGGUGGAGGCCCUCAUCACCCUCACCAACUGAGCGCUGCACAGAGCGUGGGCUGCAGCCCUGGUGUGUCCUUCCCCAAUAAAAGCAGUGGUGCGAGUGGGCUA